AUGACGGCGGUGCAGCAAAAGGGCGGACGCCCUAGAUACGAAUCCGAUGGUGAAGACGAGGACAGCCCUUUGAAUUUGGUCAAUAAGAAAAUUCUGGAGAUCAAGAAAAAGAUACAACUCUCAGAGGGUCAACGUAAGGCCCAUUUCGAGGAGGCCGAUGUGACUAAAAGGGCAAUCAAAAACAAGGUGACCAGACUGAAGAGGAAAAUCGUUGAAUUAAAGGCCAGGAUUAAGGCCACCAGGAGAGGAGGUGCAGAAGACGUUUUUGCAUCAAAAUGUCCUGUCGGCAAGUGCGAUAUUCCAGUUAAGGAUAAGACUUGUGAAGAAGCUUUGCAGGCUGCAGAUUUAAAAGAAACCGAACUAAGAAAGCGCUUAGACCUGCUCCGGGAUCUGAGGCGUCGCAGGCGUAAAGAGAUGGCAGCACUUGCUCGGCGGUUCCGGGAAGCAGUGGCGCUCAGUCACGCCGGGAACGGAAUUCCGGAACCUCCGGCCAGUGCCGGAGCAGGAGGCGGAGAGAAAAACGACAAACUUAAGCAAGCUUCGUUAGAAAACCGUGCCGAAAGAGCCCGAGUGCUUCGAUUCGAGAGCGAACACGUCCGACGAGAGUAUCGAAGGAUGCGUUUGGCCCUGCAGCAGGACAGGGCUUCACACGAUGUGCGUUUGCAACAGGCCAAGGAGCAGUGGCAGGAAAUGUCGAAGGAGAUAGAAAAACUGCAGAAUGCUUAUACCCAAGCGGCUCGCCUCCGAGACAAGACAAGAGCACUGCUCCACGCCAGGGAGCAAGGAGCAGCUCGUGCAGCAAGCGCUAGGAGCAAAAAGACGGAAGAGUUACGUGGUCAAGUGCAGCAGAGAAAAUUACAAUUGGAGAGAUUGGAACGUACCAUUUUUCCAGCAGAACGAAAUGCUACUGGAAUGCCUUGCAAAAACAACUAUUAA